GCGAUAGCGACAGCAGUAGCCACUGCAGUUAGAGCGGCAGCGGCAGCAGCAGCAGCAGCAAGCAGCAGCAGCAGCAGCCGCCGCCGCAGCGAGCGGCGCUCGGCGGGCGCGCCCUCCCGAAGGAAGCCGCCCGCCCCGCAUCACCGCCCCCUCCGGCGUGUUCAUGCCCCCGGGGCCCCAGGGAGCGCCAUGGCCCGAGCACGCCAGGAGGGCAGCUCCCCGGAGCCGGUAGAGGGCCUGGCCCGCGACGGCCCGCGCCCCUUCCCGCUCAGCCGCCUGGUGCCCUCGGCCGUGUCCUGCGGCCUCUGCGAGUCCGGCCUGCCCGCCGCGCCCGCCGCGCCCGCCCUGCUGCCCGCUGCCUACCUCUGCGCCCCCGCCGCCCCGCCCGCCGUCACCGCCGCCCUGGGGGGCCCCCGCUGGCCUGGGGGCCCCCGCAGCCGUCCCCGAGCCCCGCGCCCCGACGGUCCACAGCCCUCACUCUUGCCGGCCGAGCAGCACCUGGAGUCGCCGGUGCCCAGCGCCCCGGGGGCCCUGGAGGGCGGCCCCACCCAGGCAGCCCCGGGAGUCCGGGGGGAGGAGGAGCAGUGGGCCCGGGAGAUCGGGGCCCAGCUGCGGCGGAUGGCGGACGACCUGAACGCGCUGUACGAGCGGCGGAGACAAGAGGAGCAGCAGCGACACCGCCCCUCGCCCUGGAGGGUCCUGUACAAUCUCAUCAUGGGACUCCUGCCCCUACCCAGGGGCCGAGCGGCCCCGGAGAUGGAGCCCAACUAGGUGCCUGCACCCGCCCGGGGGACGUCGGGGACUUGGGGGGCAGGACCCUCCCACCUCCUGACGCCCUGGCCAGUGCGGGGGGCUCUUUCUGCACCAUGUAGCAUACUGGACUACCAGCCCUGCCUGUCCCAGGGGCGGGCCAGGGCAGCCACUGCAGACCCAGCCCCGGCCUAGCCUGGGUGCACUGACGGAGAUGUGGACUCCUGGGCCCCUGGCUGAGGAGCCAGGGCAGAGAGGGCUGACGGACUCAGCGUCUGAAGGCGGCGGUGACCGAGGUGGUGGGGACCGAGCCGCCCGCCUGUGCCGCCCACCACCAUCUCAGGAAAGGCUGCUGGUGCUGGCUGCCCGUUCCAGCUGCAGGGGUGACACUGGGGGACUCUCCCUCCCAGUGCUCCUUCACUCUGGGCCUGGCCUCGGGCCCCUGGUGCUUCCCCCCCUCCUCCUGGGGAGGGGGCCCGUGAAGAGCAAAUGAGCCAAACGUGACCACUAGCCUCCUGGAGCCAGAGGAUGGGGUGCGUGUGUCGGCUGCCCCAGCCCGGCGCCCAGCCAUCUUCCCUGAGCCAGCCGGCGGGUGGUGGGCAUGCCUGCCCCACCUUCAUCUGGGGGUGGCCAGGAGGGGCCCAGACUGUGAAUCCUGUGCUCUGCCGUGACCACCCCCCGCCCCCAUCAAUCCCAUUGCAUAGGUUUAGAGAGAGCACGUGUGACCACUGGCAUUCAUUUGGGGGGUGGGAGAUUUCGGAGGAAACCGCCCCAGCCUUAGUCCCCAGGGCGAAGCGCUGGGGGGAAGACGGGGAGUCAGGGAGGGGGGAAUCUCAGAAGAGGGAGGAGUCUGGGAGCGGGGAGGGAUGGCCCAGCCUGUAAAAUACUGUAUAUGCGCUGCUGUAGAUACCGGAAUGAAUUUUCUGUACAUGUUUGGUUAAUUUUUUUUGUACAUGAUUUUUGUAUGUUUCCUUUUCAAUAAAAUCAGAUUGGAACAGUG